AUGGUGUUACAUGGGAAAGACAAAGCUCUUGAACAAAUUCCCAAGUCUACAAUUGCUUUUAUUAGUAAAAUAACGCAUGUUCAGCGUGGUAUUUCAUCAGUCACAAUGCCACCUAGAGAUUAUUAUACAUUACAAUUCGAUCACAAAGACUUGCGAACAUUACGUGGUCGUGUUUAUGACACAAUGAUCGAUUUUGAAUAUUCUCAACUUGGAGAAGGUAUUAUCGCAGCAACAAAUGACAUUCAUCGUGGAAUCCGUAAAUCUCAAGUUCAAAUACCAACUACCGGUCAUCUUUAUGUUGCAUGUCUUAAUGAUAAUACAAAGCAAAUAAAUUAUUUAAUAGAAGUUAAUCGAUUUGAAGCUGAUGAUAUUGUUAAACGUUUAAAUAUUACAAUAAAUACAAACUUAAAAAAAUAA